CGGGAAAAAAAGUAAGCGGAUUCAGUAUCAUUGUGGCGCAGAGAUAGAUGGCUCAGCAUUUCACAAGAGUGACACAAACCAGAAAAUCAGCAACUGAGAAUCUGUAAAGCUACCUUAUAUGGCCGUUUCUUCUUUAUUUAUAUAACUUUUUGAAAGGGUUCAUCUUUUCUUCUUUUUUCUUUUUCUGAUCUCUACUUCUUUUCUUUUUUCUUUCGAUUACCAUCAACUAUGGAUGCCAAGCAACCCAUGCCUGCCUCGGGCCCGCAAUCGCCUGUGAUGAUGCCUGAUAGUCCUCCGGCUUAUUGUCCAUCUGCCAUGGGUUCUCCCGCAGUUGGCACACCCUCCAGUAUGCCCGUUUACCACACUACUCAGGGACAAGGACCUAUGGUCCCUGGUCAAGCCUCAGCGUCCAGUAUGCCUGUUUAUCCUGCUCAGGCAGCAGGCUCCGUAGCGCCUGGUCAACCUGUCCCAUCGAAUAUGCCGGCUUAUCCACUCCAUGUGGCUGGAUCCACAGCACCCGCUCAACCGUCUCCGUACCCCGCUGCUGCUGCUCCCGUCGUUUCGUUGGUCCUCGGUGAGAUGCCACAACUCCUCGUUUGCCCUCACUGUGGCACUCAAGUACAAACGGACACCCAGCAUGUUGCCGGUGAUCAGACUCAUUUGAUCGCCUGUGUGUUAUGCUGUUGUGCUCCUGUCGGUUUAUGUUUCCUGCCUUACUGUUUGGGUUCAUGCCAAGAUGUUCAGCAUACAUGUCCCUCAUGUCACAAUGACAUUGGUCUGUUCACACGAAUGCACAGCAAAACCGUCCUGAACCAAAAGCCUCAUCCAAAGCGAUAAAUAUCAGCUGUAGAAUGAUCUCCUGCAUUAUGUUUCCUCGCUGCUAUCCACAUUUGCUUAUUAUUUUUUAUACCAUCAUAUAUUGUCAAUACAUAUAAUCAUUAUUUUAUUGCACCUUUGGAAGCAAUCUAUUCGUACA